GUCAUCAGUACUUGCUAAGAUAAAACUGAUUUUGGCAAAUGAGAUAAGAAAAACGAAUUAAAAAGAGACGAAAAAAAGCGAAAAUUUGACAACAUAAAAAGGGGCCUUAAGAUUAAGACCAAGAUCAUUUCCUCAAGCCUCAAGUGUCGCAAAAACGAAAUGUUUGUAAACUUUCAUGACAAAAUAACCACUUAUCGAUAACAAAACAAAAUAACACUACGUGCUUCGAAAAAAAAAAACAAACACGAAUCAGUCCUUGACCGUUCAUGUAAACACUUGGUACAAGUAACCAGCCCCCUUAAUCAGCGUCAGUUGCAUAACGAUGGACGAACAGGUAGAUCGCAUGUUCGAUGAAGUUGCAAAACAAUUUAACAGCACUGGAAAAGCGCUAAAAGAAGACGCGAUACGUUUACAAGAAUGGCUAGAAACACAACCGCACCUUCCGAAAAUUUUGGAUGAACACGUUCUGUGUAAUUUUUUGAUCCUCAACAAGGGCAGCAUUGAAGUUGCUAAACAAAAAAUCGACAACUAUUUUUCAUUUAGAACAAAGUUACCGGAAAUAAUUUACGAAAUGAAUCCCAAGCUCCCUCAUCACAAAGAAUAUAAAGAUAUGGUAUACCUGGUGGAUCACCCGCAACUGACCGACGAGAUGUACAAACUUACAUUUUUCAAAGUAAAAGGAGAAACUGUCUCCCCUGACUAUGACCCACUCAAUUGUAUGAGAAGAUUGGUUAGCAUGACAGAGUUAAAACUGCGAUAUGACGUCAUGUGUGGUGACAUUUUUGUAGGAGAUUUGAGAGGAGUCACUUCGAACCUCGUUCUGAAAGUUACACCACUGAUGGUUUACAAGGUUGUGGUUGUUCUAUACGAAGGUGUUAUCUCGUCACGUCUCAAAGCUGUGCACAUGAUAAAUGUGCCACCAGUAUUAACUAAAUUGCUGACUGUGGUAAAAAGCUUUAUCAAACCGAAAUUAUUUGAAAGGUUUUAUGUUCAUUCAGAAGAAGACGCUUUGAAGAAAGUUAUUCCUUUGAAUUUGCUACCUACUGAUUUCGGCGGACAAGGAUUAUCUUUACAAGAGCUAGAAGAUGCAUUAGAAGCAAGAUAUGCACAAAAUCAAGACCUGUUUGAUCGUUUAGACGAAAUUAAAGUAGACGAGAAACUGAGACCCGGGAAAUUGCGGGAUGAUGAUACUUUAGGGUUCUAUGGUAGCUUUAAAAAAAUCGAGAUCGACUGAAGGUGUCGACUGAAUAACCAGCAAGGUGGAGGUGGCCGACAUUAUUAAAAAAAAAUUAUAGUGAUGUAGUACGUUUGUAUUAAUGAAUAGAUUACAGAUUGAAUCAACUCAAUCAAUGUGAAUAAAAAAAAAAUAAAUGGGAAUAAUAAAAAUCAAGGACCACUUCAUCUGGACAGGCAAGUUUUUGUUUCUUUGUACGUCACUGGAUUGAAAUUUGCUAUAACAGUAAGAAAAUGUUUUGCAUUAUUCAGUCGAAUAUUCUGCAGGGUCUAAUGUUUGUUACUUUUUGAAAAUACAACAAAGAGUAGAAGUGGGAACCCCCUUCUUGUAAUCAUCAGCUUGCCGUUCGCCUUCUUGCAUUGGCCACAUUUUUAAAACACUCUCAUUGCUAGUUAUUAAUUUCAUUAGUUUUGUUACAUAACAUUGAGCUAGAAACAGUCAGUAAAUUGCAAAAGGAAAAACUUGAAACUCAAACAUCUGCACCGAUACAACAACCUUCAUACGCUGAUUGCCUAAAAACAGUGAGUAAGAAAUCAGUCGAUGUUUUCAUUAAGCAUCUAGGUCCUGAAAAAGUAAAAUCUGACAAAGUGUUAGAAAAAAUUCGCAAAGAUGUAAACCCUGUUGAAUUGAAUGUUCAAAUUAACUCCACAAAAAUAUUAAACAGAGGUGUAGUUGUUAAAUGUGCGAAUGAUUCUUCUUGCGAUAAGCUCAUAACCAAGUUAAAAUCCUCGCUUGGUUCUGACUAUAGUGUCGAAAAAUCCCAAAAGUGGAACCCUCGUUUUUAUGUUAGAGGUGCUGGCAAGAAUGUUUCUACUAUGGAAGACAAAGAUC